CGUAAAUCAAUCAUAACAUUACACUCAUCUUUGAUAGACUUCAAAACUUUAGGAAGUUCAUAAUACCUGUACAAGUUUCAAUCUUUUAUAACAAAGUAACAUCUCUCUCAAUCUUGUAUCUCUUCCACUUGUAUAAAAAAAAUGUGGACACUUUCGCACACUUUUCUUAAGGGACUACACUACAAUUAUACUACAAACUACUAAUUUUAUUUAGUUAAUCACUUUAUUACUAGUAAUUAGAAAGAAGACAAAAUUAAAAAAAGGAAAAAGAAAAAACAAUCCAUUAAUGAUGCCUUUUCCUUCACUUCAUCUUCUUCCUCCCGUCCCCCACCUCUUCACCUAAGACGAUUAACGAUCAACGAUCAUCGAUCAUCACUUAAAAGGUGCGGGUCCCCGUCACAACCCCGCCCGGAUCAUUCCCAAUUCUCUAAUUCUCCGGCACUCCGGCCUUCACCUUCAAUCCCCGGCCAAUUUCCUCCUCCCCCAAUAUUUUUAAUUUCCCAAUCAUGUCGUUGAAUAUGAAAACCUUGACCCAGGCCUUCGCCAAGGCCUCCGUGUUGAUCGAGAAGACGGUGCAGACCACCGUUCAGGAGGUCACCGGCCUUCCCAAGCCUCUCCAGGACUACGACUUGUCCGACCAGAUCGGCUCCGCCGGCCCUGGCCUUGUCUGGAAGCUCUACUCCGCUAAAGCACGAGACGGCCACGCCGUCUACCCUAACGUCUGUGUUUGGGUCUUAGACAAAAAAGCCCUAUCCGACGCUAGGCAGCGUGCCGGCCUCUCCAAGGCCGCCGAAGAUUCCUUCUUGGAUAUACUUCGUGCAGACGCCGCCCGACUUGUGAGGCUUCGGCAUCCUGGCGUCGUCCAUGUGGUGAAUGCGCUAGAUGAGAGCAAGAAUGCUAUGGCCAUGGUUACUGAACCUCUUUUUGCAUCGGCUGCCAAUGCCUUGGGGAAUUUGGAGAAUAUUGAGAAAGUUCCUAAGGAGCUCAAGGGAAUGAUCAACAUUGUUCUAUCAUUCCUACAAUGAACAUCAACGAUUUGAAGCCAUUUCAAUCUUUGAUAAGCUCAAAUUCAGCUGGUUGAGCUGUAGCAUAUAGGAGAUGGGAUUAUUGGAGGUGAAGCAUGGACUGCUGCAGAUUGCCGAAACUUUGGAUUUUCUCCACAAUAAUGCUCGUCUUAUCCAUCGGUCUAUAUCACCUGAGGCAAUUCUAAUCACAUCCAAUGGAGCUUGGAAGCUUGGGGGAUUUGGUUUUACAAUACCAACAGAUCAGUCGACCACUGAUUCUUCUAAUGUUCAGGCUUUCCAUUAUGCUGAGUAUGAUGUUGAAGAUUCCAUUCUUCCCCUUCAGCCGGCACUUGAUUACACAGCUCCUGAACUAGUUCGAAGUAAAUCAUCUUCAGUUGGAACUGCUUCUGACAUUUUCAGCUUUGCAUGUCUUGCUUACCACUUGGUUGCUCGGAAACCUCUGUUUAACUGUAACAACAAUGUCAAAAUGUACAUGAAUUCUUUGACAUACUUGUCCAGCGAUGCUUUUGCCUCCAUUCCCCCAGACUUGGUGCCAGACUUGCAAAGAAUGCUCUCUUCGAAUGAGUCCUUGCGGCCAACAGCUCUUGACUUUACAGCUUCACCAUUUUUCCGUGACGACACUAGGCUGCGUGCACUUCGGUUUCUGGACCACAUGCUUGAAAGAGAUAACAUGCAGAAGUCCGAGUUCUUAAAAGCAUUAUCAGACAUGUGGAAGGAUUUUGAUUCCCGUGUAUUGCGUUACAAGGUUCUUCCACCCCUUUGUGCUGAGCUUCGGAAUCUGGUUAUGCAGCCAAUGAUUCUUCCUAUGGUUCUUACAAUAGCAGAGUCUCAGGAUAAAAAUGAUUUUGAGCUCUCAACUCUUCCAGCUCUAGUUCCUGUCCUAAAUGGUGCUGCUGGUGAGACACUGUUGCUACUUGUAAAGCAUGCGGAGCUUAUUAUCAGUAAGGCAAGUCAGGAGCACUUAAUUUCUCAUGUCCUUCCAAUGCUUGUUCGAGCUUAUGAUGAUACUGAUGCUCGCAUGCAAGAGGAAGUUCUUAAAAAGACUGUUUCACUUGCAAAGCAGCUCGAAGUUCAGUUAGUGAAACAAGCAAUUUUGCCCCGUGUUCAUGGUUUAGCAUUGAAGACAACUGUGGCGGCGGUCAGAGUAAAUGCAUUGUUAUGCCUGGGUGAUAUGGUCCACAUGCUUGACAAGUCUGCAGUAUCAGAUGUGCUGCAAACUAUACAACGUUGUACAGCUGUUGAUCAUUCUGCUCCAACUCUUAUGUGUACCCUUGGAGUUGCCAAUUCUGUUUUGAAGCAGUACGGUGUUGAAUUUGUGGCGGAACAUGUCCUUCCACUCCUUACUCCCCUUCUCAUCGCCCAACAAUUAAAUGUUCAGCAAUUUGCUAAGUACAUGCACUUUGUGAAAGACGUUCUCAGGAAAAUUGAAGAGAAACGAGGAGUAGUUUUGUCUGAUAAUGGUGUUUCAGAAGUGAGAACUUUGCCUGCUGCAGCAAAUGGCACCAUGCCAGGACAAUUAAACAGGACGACUACCACAGCUGCCCCAUCUACAAUGAAGCACAGUCCUUCAUGGGAUGAAGAUUGGAUACCAACUAGGCGAUCUUCAUCAACCGGUCAGUCUUCAACAAUACAAGCAGCUGGUCAACCUGCUGUUUCAAGUCAGAAUUCUGUGGUGUCAGCUACAUCUAGUCAGCAACCGUCUCCUUCAUGCCCUGCUGUUGAUGUUGAAUGGCCCCCAAGGACAACAGCCCAGUUGGAUUCGACACCUCAAUCAGGUGGUAUUGCUGACUCAAAUGGAAACAAAUCCUUGUCAGGUGCAAGUUUGAAUGAUAUAGAUCCUUUUGCCAACUGGCCACCACGGCCUAGUAACUCAACCCCUGCUACUGGUAUCUUGAACAAUGGCGCGACAUCAUUAUCGGCUAAUAAGUAUGGAUCCAGUUCUGAUCUUGCUCCUAAUGGUUUAAACUUCGAAACAAAUAGCAGUACAUCAUGGGCCUUCAACACCCAAAUCUCAACUGAACCAUUGAGACCGAGUCAGGGAAAUCCCAUGUCAAAUUUUGGCAGUCUUAAUGGCGGGGUAAACUCUCACAAUUCUCUGGGAUUCUUGAAACAGAGUCAAGGUGCUUCUAAUGAGAAGACGGAUCUUGGAUCUAUAUUUGCUUCGAGCAACAAGACGGAGCAAACUGCUCCAAGACUCGCUCCACCCCCGUUGACUGCUGUUGGCCGAGGGAGAGGCAGAGGGAGAGGUAACCAAGGGCAACUGAGUUCCACGUCAUCUUCACGCACUAGUCAUGUGAAAUCUAAAUCCGAACAGCCACCACUGUUGGACUUGCUGUAGCUACUUUGUAUGCAGUUCAAUAUAAUUUGAGGUAAGAACAAGUCUGAUGCUACAUCAAGAUAUGUGAAUGUUUUGCAAGGAAAGGUUUGGAGAAAUAGUAUGAUUGUUCAAAGUUAUUUUGCAGUGAAAUGGUGAGUGUUGUAGAAUAGCAUGUGAAAUUUUGAUUAUAGCAUAGGGACAUUCAAUUUCUAUACAUAGUCCUUCAAUUCAUUUUGAAUGGAAUUUUUUGGCUUUGGUCAAUGUAUUCUCGAAGAUGAUGGGUACAAAUUGUUUUUUAAGCAAAUAAGCUGUGUAUAAGAUGUGCCUAUUCAUUCUUUGCUCAACUGUUGUGGUUUUUUUAUGCUAUUCUGAACCCUGUAUACUGUCAAAGCUUUGCAUUAUAUAUUAAUGGUCAAACUGAUAAAAGAGGAAAAUAUACUAGUGAUG